AUGGGGAGGAAGAACAAAAGGAUAGGCAAAGGGAGGGUUUCAAGAAUUGGAAGUUAUGCAAUCGCCUCAUCAAUUACCGAUCCCGCUUGCGUUUCUUGCACAACCUUCAAUAUCCUUGCCCCAAUUUACAAAAGACUCAAUCACGAGGAUUCGAGUCACAGAGAAAGCGAUGUGAAAGAUUAUUGGUUGAACAGGAACCGUCAGAUUUUGGAUUGGUUGUUGUGUGAAAGAUCUUCUAUUAUUUGUCUCCAGGAAUUUUGGGUUGGUAAUCAAGAACUGGUUAGUAUAUAUGACAAGAGACUUGCGGAUGCUGGCUAUAUAAAUUUCAAGCUUGCACGGACCAAUAAUCGCGGUGAUGGUCUCCUCACUGCGGUGCACAAGGACUACUUUAGGGUCAUAAGCCACCAAGAUUUGCUUUUCAAUGAUUUUGGAGACCGUGUUGCCCAACUACUGCACGUGGAACUGAUUGCACCUUCUCAAUGUCGAAACAAUAAUGUUCGGCAAGAAAUUCUUAUAGUGAAUACCCAUUUGUUGUUUCCACAUGAUUCAAGUCUGUGCUUGGAGCGACUGCGUCAGGUUUACAAAAUAUUGCAAUACGUGGAAUCAUAUCAAAAAGAAAACAAGCUCAACCCCUUGCCGAUUUUACUUUGUGGUGACUGGAAUGGGAGCAAGAGGGGUCACGUGUACAAGUUUCUUAGGUCUCAGGGAUUCGUAUCAUCAUAUGAUACUGCCCAUCAGUAUAGCGAUGGAGAUGCUCACAAGUGGGUGAGCCACCGUAAUCAUCGUGGGAACAUCUGUGGUGUAGAUUUUAUAUGGCUUCUUAAUCCUAAUAGAUACCGGAAAUUACUUCAAACAAGUUGGAGUGCAGCAGUCUUUGGAAUGUUUAAGUAUCAACUUCGCCGAGCCUUACUUACAGAGGAUGAUGCGUUUGCCUUUCUAAAGGCUGAUACUGAUGGUGAUUACAUUUCUUAUGCGGGCUUCUAUGAAGCACUAAGGCAGCUUAAUUUGAUCGGCCAUUGCAAUGGACUGAGUGUUGAAGAAAUAAAGGAUCUAUGGGAACAAGCGGAUGUUGAUAGAGAUGGUGUUCUGAAUUACAAAGAGUAUAAGCUAAGAAUAUGGAAUGCCCCAUGGUCAGGGAAAAAUAGUGACAAAGCGAGUGAUGAUAUCUGGGACGAUGUUGUCAACGGCACCGAGGAAACCAUUGGUUUCAGUGUCAAGAAUGCAGUUCUUUUUCCGACAGAAGUAGAGAAGGGAAUUUGGCCUGAAGAUUAUUCUCUUUCUGAUCAUGCUCGACUUACAGUGGUUUUUUCGCCUAGUGAUUGGCAUGGGAUAUCCACCGAGAAUGUGUGUGAUGGGGAUCGCUUCAUGCUUUGGGGCCAGGCAGGAUUGCUGAAAAUUGUAGUUUCCAAGAAGAAUUUGUGA